AUGUGUAAACAACAUGGCUGACAUUCUGUUCAACUUGCAAAAGGACGGUAUAAUCAAGAAGAUCUUGUAUGCUGGGAAGGGCAAUCUUCCUCCUUUUAAGGAUGGAUCAAGGCUUACUUUCCAUUACAAGACGAGCAAAUGUGACGAAACCAAGACAGUCCUUGAUGACAGUCGGAAACAUCCCAAGCCUCUGGAGAUUAUCCUUGGCAAGAAGUUUAAGUUGGAGGUGUGGGAGAUGUGUCUUCAAACAAUGAAGGAGGGAGAGGUGUCUGAGUUCAUCUGUGAUAUCAAGCAUGUGAACACCUACCCGCUGGUUGCCAAGAGUCUACGUCAGAUCCACUCGGGGAAGCCGGACAGCCACCAGCAUGAGAACCACUGUUGUGGCAUGAUGAAUAUGGCGGAACAUGGCCUAGGUCACGCCGACCUGGAUGAGCUGAUGAAGACUCCACAGCCCCUUGCCUUUACACUGGAACUGGUGAAGUUCGAGGAGGCAGAGACCUUUAAAAAGGAAGUGUGGACGAUGAGUGAGGACGAGAAGCUGGCCACAGUCCCCAAGCUGAAAGAGGAAGGCAAUCAGCUGUAUGGCCGGAAGCUGUACAAGGAGGCGGCUGACAUCUACGCUAAGGCCAUAGGAAUACUUGAACAGCUCAUUCUGAAGGAGAAGCCGGGAGAUGAGGAGUGGGAGGAACUUGACAAGAUGAAGCUGCCAUUCCUGCUGAACUUCUCCCAGUGCAAACUGCUGGAGCACGACUACUACCCUGUCAUAGAACACACCACCACUGUACUCAAGAGGGAGCCAGAGAAUGUGAAGGCGUUGUUUCGGCGAGCCAAGGCCCACGUCGGUGCGUGGAAUCCAGACGAUGCUCGUAAUGACUUUAACCGUGUCCUGCUGUUAGAUCCAUCUCUGUCAAAUGCAGUGAAGAAGGAGUUGACAAGAUUAGACGACAUGAUCAAACAGAAGGCAGAGAAAGACAAGCAGUCUCUCAAGGGAAUGUUUGAUCAACACGGAUAGCAUGGCCCAGAUGUUUGAUCAACACGGGUAGCCAAGCCCAAAUGUUUGAUAAACCUGGGUCACAGGGUCCAGAUGGAGACAGUGAUGGAGGGGAUGAUUCGUUGUGGAUCUGUCCACCACCGUUUCAUUUCUUUGAUCGUUCUCAUAUUGAAAUCAUCGUCAGUACUUCACAGGUUUCUGUAAAAUACGUUCCUCCAUCUCCCAUGAAACAAUCGGCCGCUGUCUACUGUAGUGGCUAUUUUUAACCAACCAAUCAUCUCGUGACUUGGUUCUAGCGAGAGGAUAAAUGAGCGCUCUGGUUGCAUCAUACAUUUCUCACAAUUUGCAGCAAGUGUCACGGCCUAGGAACCAUUUAUUCCAAACAUUACAUUAGUGUCAGGGUUCAAUGAACCAUUUAUUCCAAACAUUACAUUAGUGUCAGGGUUCAAUGAACCAUUUAUUCCAAACAUUACAUUAGUGUCAGGGUUCAAUGAACCAUUUAUUCCAAACAUAACAUUAGUGUCAGGGUUCAAUGAACCAUUUAUUCCAAACAUUACAUUACUGUCAGGGUUCAAUGAACCAUUUAUUCCAAACAUUACAUUAGUGUCAGGGUUCAAUGAACCAUUUAUUCCAAACAUUACAUUAGUGUCAGGGUUCAAUGAACCAUUUAUUCCAAACAUUACAUUAGUGUCAGGGUUCAAUGAACCAUUUAUUCCAAACAUUACAUUGGUGUCAGGGAAACUCCAUGCAUAGAACUGACCUCGUUUGUCUUCCGUGAAUUAUGCAUGGUCUCAGUUGAUUGCUUGACUUAAUAAUAAAACACGCCACAUAUCAGCGGUUUCUUGUCACAGGUGGUUGGAGAAUGUAUGACAGACAAACUUGAGAAGUAUUAUGAUGUUUUGAAGUCAAAGAAAUAUUUUUAUGUCUACAUAUCUGUUGUUCCUUGGUUCUGCCCCUGUCAUUUUCCUCCCGGCGCUCAAUCUUUAUAGGAGUAAAUGCAUGACAAGGGCAGGUAACUCUACCAAACAAACCGACAUAUUUAUGUUCAUGACUAGAAGCGAGUUUACUCAACACGAAGACCUGUUUCACAAGUUGAUGACUGAUCAUAUGUAAGUUGUUUGAAAUUCUCAGUAAUGUGUCUGUUGGUAGAAAUUCUCCGUGAUGCGUCUGUUGGUUGAAAUUCUCCAUGAUGCGUCUGUUGGUUGAAAUUCUCUGUGAUGCGUCUGUUGGUUGAAAUUCUCCAUGAUGCGUCUGUUGGUUGAAAUUCUCCAUGAUGCGUCUGUUGGUUGAAAUUCUCCAUGAUGCGUCUGUUGGUUGAAAUUCUCUGUGAUGCGUCUGUUGGUUGAAAUUCUCCAUGAUGUGUCUGUUGGUUGAAAUUCUCCAUGAUGCGUCUGUUGGUUGAAAUUCUCCAUGAUGCGUCUGUUGGUUGAAAUUCUCCAUGAUAUGUCCAGGGUAUGAAACUCCCAAAAAUUUCAGCCAGACCACAGGACUGGCUAGCUGAAAUACUUGCCAGCCCUGACCAAAACCUGCCUGCCCACUAUAAUCAUAUGUUUCUCAGGAUAAGCUAACGGG